UCGCGCAGGCCGCGCCUCCGCCCGCUCGGUCCCGCCCCCUCCCGGCCAGGUUCCCCGUGGACCUAGCACUCGCCGCCGGUGCUUCCCCCGGACGCCGUUCCGCAAGACUCGGCGGCGGGAACGGAGGCGGCCGCCAUUUGCCGCCGGACCCCAGGAUGGCCCCCAAACUCUCGGACUCGGUGGAGCGGCUGCGCGCCGCCGGCAACCAGAGCUUCCGCAACGGCCAGUUCUCCGAGGCCGCCACGCUCUACAGCCGCGCGCUGCGGGUGAUGCAGGAGCAAGGUUCUUUGGACCAUAAAGAAGAAAGUGUUCUCUACUCCAACCGAGCAGCAUGCCACUUGAAGGAUGGGAACUGCAGAGAUUGCAUCAAAGAUUGCACUUCAGCACUGGCCUUGGUUCCCUUCAGCAUGAAGCCCUUGCUGCGGCGAGCAUCGGCCUAUGAGGCUCUGGAGAAGUAUCCCCUGGCCUACGUGGACUACAAGACUGUGCUGCAAAUUGAUGACAGUGUGAUGUCAGCCUUGGAAGGCGUCAACAGAAUGACCAGAGCUCUCAUGGACUCACUUGGGCCGGAGUGGCGCCUGAAACUGCCCUCUAUCCCCUUGGUGCCUGUUUCAGCUCAGAAGAGGUGGGAUUCAGAAUACCACAAAGAGACACCUAAAGGCAAAUCCAAAGAAACCACAACUGCCAAGAGCAGAGUGCCUUCUUCUGGGGAUGUGGAGAGAGCCAGAGCUCUGAAGGAAGAAGGCAAUGAGCUUGUAAAGAAGGGAAACCAUAAGAAAGCUAUUGAGAAGUACAGUGAAAGCCUCUCGUAUAGUAACCUGGAGUCCGCCACGUACAGCAACAGAGCGCUCUGCUAUUUGGCCCUGAAUCAGUACAAGGAAGCGGUGAAGGACUGCACAGAAGCCCUCAAGCUGGAUGGGAAGAAUGUGAAGGCAUUUUACAGACGGGCUCAAGCUUAUAAGGCACUCAAGGACUAUAAAUCCAGCUUUGCAGACAUCAACAGUCUCCUGAAAAUCGAGCCUAAGAAUGUCCCUGCACAGAAGUUGCAGCAAGAAGUUAACCAGAACUUAAACUAAAAUCCCAAAAGGGCAGCAGAAAACCUCCACUGGAUGACUUCCUCUGUGUCUGUUUCUGGGACCCAGCAUGCCCCCAACUGAGCUCUGAAGCACCCUCCCUCUGCCCUACAAAGCGGUAGUAGCCUCCUACCCCUUAAGAGGCUGUGUUCAAAUUAAGCUCAGUGUAGCAAAAAACAGACAUUGUUUUGCUGGGAAGGUCCCCCGCUAUGCUGAAGCCCUGUUCUCCAUCCCCCUGCCUGUACAGCUAGCAGAUCACACAAACAGGUCCUUAUCAGCAAAGCAUUGGGCCCUGUUCCUGCCCCGAGCAUGCUCCAGACUGAGUGCUGCCCUGUGAGCGUCACCAGACCCACCUCACUGUGGUUCAUGAGCAAAUUAAGCUGGGGGUGUGGGAGGGGGGCCACAGGACUAGAAAACCUUGGCCCAUCCACACCCAAAGCAGCCUGUUGAGCUGGUUCUCCAGGGCUGCCAUCCUGCCCUGCCCUUGGCAUAGUCCCCGUGUUCUGAGUUCCAGCCCUUUUUGGCCAGUCCCCACUUUGGUAGGGAUGCAGAACCCUGACCCUUGGGUGGCUUUGUCUGGGGCUCCGUGCUGCUGCUUGCAUGGAGGUGCCUAAGCUGUGUCGGGAGCCCAGAGGUGGCCACUUCUCCUGAAGGUGGUGGGAAGAAAGGCCUCCUUGAAGUCAGUGACCUUCUGUUCUGGGCAGGGACUUUUGACCCCAACAGUGGCCCUCCAGGCUUCUUAUUUCUUUGUUAUACGAAGUUAAUUUGAACUGAACUGACUCGGUUUUGUUGAACUGUGUGUUUAAGCGAUUACAUUAAACAUUUUUCUUCUA